AUGGAUCACCGUCCGCAAGCUUGGGGCCGUCCCAGAGAUGACGUCUACGGCGCCUACGAUGCCUCCCACAUGAACCCUAAUGGCCCCAACCAGGCCACUCAGUCGCCCAUUGUCACGGGCACCUCCGUCAUCGCCAUCAAGUACAGCGAGGGCGUCGUCAUCGCCGCCGACAACCUUGCGUCCUACGGCUCUCUCGCCCGCUUCACCAACGUCAAGCGACUGCGGACCUUCGCCGAGUCGACCGUCAUCGGCUUCGGCGGCGACGUCUCCGACAUGCAGUACCUCGACCGCCACCUUACCUCGCUCGCCAUCAACGAGUCCUACGGCAGCCCCGCCAUCACCGCCUCGGCUGACACGCUCGACGGCGAUGCCGACAAGGCCCGCCCCCGCCUCAACGCCGCCAACCUGCACAAGUACCUCGCCAAGCUCUUCUACGCCCGCCGCACCAAGUUCGACCCCCUCUGGAACCACGUGCUCGUCGCCGGCGUCGACGACGACGACAAGCCCUUCCUCGCCGCCGCCGACCUCCUCGGCACCACCUUCUCCGCUCCGUCCCUCGCCACCGGCUUCGGCAGCAUGCUCGCUCAGCCCAUCAUGCGCCGGAGCGCCCCCGACGAGGAGUCCGCCGCCAAGCUCACCCGCCAGCAGGCCGAGGACGUCAUCAAGGAGUGCAUGAAGGUCCUCUACUACCGCGACGCCCGCUCCCUCGACUCGUACAGCAUCGCCGUCGUCACCAAGGACGGCGUUGAGCUCAAGGAGGACGAGAAGCUGGAGAAGCAGAGCUGGGCUUUUGCCGAAAAGAUCAGGGGCUAUGGCACGCAGACGGUGUAG